GUAUGUUUCAUUGCUUGCCAGUACCGUGCUGUAGGGUUAGGACAUUUAGUAUGGUUUUGGAAUUGAUCGGGCCUACGUUUGCCAUUUGGGCCUAUUCCAUAUCCUAUUCACUACAAAGCCGAACUUACUCGAUCAGCAUAUAUAGAACUCGUAUUUUCAUUGUUGCAACAGAGAAGCACUUGCGCAAAGCAGAGCAGGGAUGCCUCCUAAGAAGGAUGGCAAGAAAAAAGGAGGAGGCAAAAAGAAAAAAGGAGCGAAGCCAGCAUGGAUGUCAGACGGUUUAUGGGAGCUUAGCCAAAACCUUCCGAAGCUUUCUGAGUUCUACAGUGGAGACAUCAAAGAGACGAAAUUGAAGGAGGGACAGGCACCACCACCAAACAUUACUCGGACUCAAGCUGGCAUGUUCAUCUGGCAGCUGCUCUUCCCCAUCAACAAGGCGGGCAAGCAGAAGCGCGAGGAGGCCGUCAAGUACGGCAUCGUAGAGACCUCCGUCAAGAUCCUGGCCAGCGGCAAGGCGCCCGACAUGACCCCCGCGCUGGGCAUCCUGGUUGCCAUGACCGCCGACAACUCGCUGCAGCGCGCCGCCAUGCUGGACGCCAAGCCCGCGCCGCUGCCGCACCUGCUGGCGGCGCUGGCGGACGAGAGCGCCAGUCUGCGUGCGGUGGCGUGCGCGCUGCUCCGAGUGGUGGCUCGUGAGGCCGACUCGCGGCCGCGGCUGUGGCGGCUGAUGCGGUCAGAGUGGGACUGGAGCCCGCUGGUGGGCUGCCUGGACCUCACGGAGAUGAGCCAGCUGGGCGGCCGCUCCGCCUGCUACGACGCCGCUGCCGCACUGGAGGCGCUGUGCUGCGCCCCCGAGCAGGACAUCGCCAACGGGGCGUGUGCGGCGCUCAUGGCAGCCGGGGCGCCGGCACACAUGGUCAAGGUCCUGCGCACCCGCACCGCGCACCCCAUGGCCAAGGCCGCCUGCGUGGCAGUGCUCAACCAGCUGCUCCGCCGCAGCAGCCCCGCCGCAUGCGAGGAGGUGGCGCUGGGGCUGGGCGCGCUGGAGCCGCUGGCGGCGGUGUUCGGACACCCCGUCAUACCGCUGCUGUACAAGGCAUAUGCGGCAGCCUGCCUGCUGCGCUACGUGAUGCCAGACAGCCUGUGGCGCGCCUCCGCGGCGGCCGCCAAGGCAGCAGCAGCGGGGCCUCCCCCCCCUUCGGCAGCAGCCCUGGGGGAGGGAGGCGAGAUCCUCACCCCGCCAGGCACCGCCGGGGGGCCCGGCGGGGCACCAGCCCCGCCGGGGACUGCCGCACCCAGCGGCGGAGGGGCCGCCGCCGCUGCCGCCGCCGCAGGCGGCGAGGCUGCAGCCGGCAGCGGCGGCGGCGCCGGCCCCUCCGCUGCCGCUGCGGCUGCCCAGGCUGCCGCCAACCGCGGGCUGGAGAGUGCGGGCGGCAUGGGUGGUGGGCUGGGGGCGGAGCUGACACUGGGCGGUGCGGGGGGCAUCGAGGUGCCCAAUGUGGACUUGUUGGAUGAUGAGACGCGAGAGCAGGUGGUCACUCGCGCCCGGCGGGUGGCAGCGCUGGAGGGGGUGCUGCGCUCGCUGGUGGGGCUGUGUGCGGGGCCGGAGGGGCCGCUGCCGGACCUGGAGGCCCUCCGCGACGAGGGUGCUCCCCCCGUGGAGGAGCCCACGAAGAAGAAAAAGAAGAAGAAGGGCAAGAAGGGGAAGAAGGUCAAGAUGGAACCAGGCACGCUGGAGGCUCAGGCCUACGCCAGCGCCGUGUUGCGGCUGGUGAGCCUGGCUGAGGAGCAGCGGGGGGCGCUGGUGGAGGCGGGCGCGCUGCGCUACCUGGUGCCGCUGCUGGAGGUCAAGAACGCGGCGGCAAGGUGGAACGCACGACAGACCCUCAUCAACCUGUCCAUGUCCUCCGAGCUGCUACCGCGGCUGCAACUGUACAAGGUGCCUGACUACGUGCACCAGGCCAACGUGCCGCAGUCGCAUUUCGAGCGCCCGCUGCAGCCGCCCUCCGCGGGCGGGGCGGCGGGGGGGCUGCUGCAGUCGCAGGACUCCAUGGGCCGCAAGAAGGACGGCAUGGCGUCGGUCAUCAGUGCCGCCGCGAAGGCCAAGCCGCCGGCGCUCAAACCCAAGGUCUGAGCCAUGCAGCGCCUGCAGCACGCAACCGUCUGGGCCGCAUGCAGCGCCCCCUCGCAGCCCUCGCUUACCCAAACACAAGCAGCAGCAGCAGUAGGGUGGCCUGUUUGGGGGUGUGGGGUCAAGGGGUCGUUGUGGCGUUUGCGGCCGGGUGGGCGUGAGUGGACGCGAUCUGGGUCGGACCGGACAGUUGGUAACGGAGGACCAUUACCUCGCUGUGUGGAGGUUUCACCGGUACCCAACGUGAGAGGAUGGCUUAGCGCCGGGCCCGAUGUGGAUGGGUCUAGGAGGUCUAGGCGUGCGUGCGUGCGGGGGCUCCCACACAAGGCUGCUGGGUGAGGGUUUGUGGGCUGAGCUAGGAUUGGGAACAGGCAUUGCGGCAGUCGAGAGUGGGCUAGGUGUAGGUACACGUGUCCCCAUUACAACAGCAUAUACUCGGGUCUCACGAGGCGCGCUUUUCAGGGGGUAACGGAACAGGGCGGAUAGGAUGCUAUAGCGCAAGAAUCUUUUUGCGAAAUGCCCCGUCUAUUUCGUGCCGAGCUCUGGGCCCUAUUCCUUAUGUCGUACAUGGGUGUCCACACGCGCAGUGCAUGCGUGCGUACGUCGCCCGUGCGG